CAGCCUCCCAGUUUCAGGAAAAGAACCUGCUCUCCCUACAAGUACUCUCUACUGCAACCUCAAGACAGGAACUGAGCCUCAGGAGACAGCCAUGUCCACAGCAGAAGACACCCCUGAUAAGCCUGUUCACAGAGACAAAAGGAGGCAAGAACUCCAAGAGAUACUGGAAAAAGUAGGCCUGAGUGGUGAUUUCUGGAUUCCUAAGCUGCAGGAAGACCUAGGUGUGACCUGUGCCCAGACCUUACAACACCUACAAGAAAAGGACCUCUGGAAGCUGAUAUUGCAGACACGACAUUCAUGGGAGGAAAGGGCCCUAAAGAAGCUUCUAAAGAUGUCACACUCAAAUUUGUCAGAAGUAGAGAACUCUUGGAUAGAGAUGGCAAAGAAAAAUCAGGAGCAGACAGAACAGGCACUGAAGGAGCUGAAGGACUUGAUGGCACAAGGAAAGCAGCAAGUGGAAGAGGCAGAAAAGAGCAAAGCAGCAAUUGACAUCCCCAAAGAGUAUGGGCCAUCUUCUGAAAGGCUCCUAAGAAAAGUCAUAGACAAUAUGGAGAAACAACUUGAACCUCAGCCUGCAGAACUAUCCCAGCAUCAAAACCUCCCAGAUAAAGAUCUGGUGAGAUGGGCAUCUGGAGGGUUGGCCCUCCAGGGAAUUUACAAAACCACCCAUCAAAGCAGACUGAUAGAGAGGAGAGAGGAGCUACUCAGAGUCCCCAAGGACUUCUCACUCUGUGGCCCUCAGCAGGGCACACAGAUGGAAACAGUAGAAUUUCAAUCUUCUCAAGAAGCAUCCAUGUUCAUCCAGACAAUAGAGAAGCUGGGAUUCAGUGCAAUUGCUGCAGCCAAGGGUGGAGGUUGGGGACUUAGUCUUGAAGCUGGUUUGAAUCACAGCAAAUCUUCAGAAUCCAAGAAAACUCAACAAACACAUUCUGAGAACUCUUAUUUCUGCUCAAUCAGGUUCAACUACAUCCCCCUGGCCUCCUGCUACUUCCUCAUGGAUCAGCUCCAGUUAUCCAAGGCUGCCCUCCAGGAAUUAAAAUGCAUUGAAGACCUUCUGGAUCAGCCAGCAGGCCCUGUCAGAUUCUCCUCACUGAGACGCAAGACUGAAGCCUUCUUCCAUAGGUUUGGCUCUCAUGCUAACCAAGGCCCUGUGCACCUUGGGGGCAUCUACUGGUGGAAGGCCAUUUCAGAGGGUUUCUGGAGAGAGCAGCUGGAAGAAGUGAAACAGCACUCAGCAGAGGCCCUGGAUACUUUCAUAAGGGGCAGUUACAGUGGUUUUGGGGUGAAAGUUUCUGCAGGUAUGAAUGUGUCAAACUCUGAUUCAAAGACAACCUCUCAGACAAACACUUCCCAAAAUCUCCAAGCCAAAGUCCAAUUGUGUGUAGCCCAGACAGGUGGCCCACCAGAAGCAAGUGGCCUUGACCAGUGGAAAGCUGGCCUCAUUGCCAGCAAUCGAACCUGGCAUAUCAUUGACCGGGGACUUCAUCUGAUGCCUGUUUGGGACAUUAUCCUCUCCAGUCACAGAAAUUAUUUUAAAGAUCCUAAUCAGAUGGCUAACUGGAUGAAACAGCACUACACUACACUAACUAGCCCUGAUGCCCACAUCCAGGAUGAAGAGAAAUUACUAAGUGCUGAGGAAGAGGCUAUGGCUUUUCUAGAGGAUGUGAAAACUUGGGAGAUACAUGAUCCUGAAGAGGAGCUGACCAAAAUGAUAAAAGUAAAGGAAAUAUUGAGUACAAAAAUAAAGAGUUAUGACCCUUGGAUUAACAUGUGCCUGACAGAUCGGGCUCUGCAGAAUUUUCUAGUAAACACUGUCAACUUUUGCAAAAAGACUUCCAAUUACAAAACUAAAUUUAUUAAAUCUCAGUUGUGCAGCCUUCUGGAUCCCCACAUCUACAAGGUAACAAACUUUCCUCAGGCUUACUCCAUCGUGCAGUGGAUCUUCCAGUCAGAGCGAGAGCAUCUCAACAGUUUGCAAUUUUCUGAAUUAAUUAAAAUCUUGAAAGAAACCCAGAGGGACCUCAUGGAAGCUAAGGUUGAAUCUGAAUCUCAAGAAACACUAGAGAACUCUCUAAAAAAGGCCACUGAGAAGGUAACUGUGGGUCUCAUCUGCUUCUUGAAUUACCUCCAAGGAACAGAGCAGCCAGACACACAGCUCUUGGUACUUUCCAUUGCAGCUGGUGUAGGGUAUCAUUUGGAAAACAAAACUUUCCAGUAUCUCCUAGGGUGUGAUGCACUAUGCUUCCUACUGGAGGAAAUUCAAAGUGCACAAAAUAAAUACCAGGAGCUCAGAAAUAUUUGCAGCUAUAGGGCUCAGGCCUUCCUGGUGCUCACAGGCCUGACAGUCACAGCUGGAGACACAGCUAUUUCUCCAAAAGAGAAAACACAGCGUAUGGCAUUAAUAAGACGACAACUAGGAAAGUCAAUUACUAAAGAAGUCGCACAUGUUCUCACCAAACUUGGAGCAGAUCGUAAUUGGGGAAACCUAGAGAAAGACUUAAAAUUGCUCAUUGAUGGAGAUUUUGAAGCUACCAUCUCAUUCUUGCAAAUAGAUGAGGUGCAAAAACAAUUACAAAGUCUUUUCCAUGGAAAGAAAAAGCCUCACAAAACACAUGAAAAUAAAAAUAUCAAAUGGGAGGUGAUAGAAAAUAGAGUCUUCCUAGAGUUACUCCAGCGUCUAGGCCUAGAACAUUACUACCCAAAAAAGAUGAGCAGAGCUAACUUCCAUCUGAUCUACAAGACUUCUGCAUACAACACCCAGCCCAGCUCUGAACAGGAGCUUCCCUUCUACUUCCUGCAGAAGCUACUGAUGCUAGAUUAUAAGCUGAGGUACCUGGUCUUCAAAGAUGAUAGAAACACAGAACAACAAGUCUAUUCAAGUGCCUCAAAUCCGGGAAAUGAGAGGUUUGAUCCAUAUGAAGACUUUCUUAAAGACUGUGAUAGUCCCAUUAAGCCUUCAGCCACUACACCUAGACCCCACAUUCACCCAAUGGAUAUUCAAAUGGCAAUUUUUCACUGUGCAGAUGAUUUUGCCCGACAAUAUAUUUUGGACAAACUUUCCUUUUGUCAGUUUGCCCUCCCCCUUGUGGUGCCUAAUCCCUGCACUUCUCAAAUUGAAUUUUCUCUCUGGUCUCUCAGACAAAUUAGGAAAAGUUGGCAACAAGGGAAGAAGAACAGUUACAAAAAUCAGCAGAUGUGCCGUGUCUCUACCCCUAUUGUGUCCUUUAUUAGAGUUGGAAAUGGCCUCUUGGCUUCCAAAUCUCAAAUCAUGAACUGUCUUCUCAGUAAACAUAAACAUGAUGUGUUUUUCCACCGACACUGCAGAGGAAGCAGCAAAGACUGUCUCUUGAUGAGGGGUGUGGUAGAAAUCUGUUGGUUCUGUCCUGGGGGGGAUGAAGAGGACAGGUUUGACAACUGUGUGACCUUUACCAAUCUUCAUGGAGAUGCAAAGGAACAUGAGCAGCAGCUCACCUUUCUGAAGGAGGUCUCUUCUCUCAUUGUGGUCCUCAUGUCGACUUCUGAUCACAAUGAAGAAAACCGAAAAAUUGUCUAUGACCUGUGCCAGUCAUCAAGACUUUUGAUCUGCUUGCUUGAUGACAAAGAACAAACCAUGGCCAAUAAUUCCAGCCAAAAAGUGAAAAUUGGCAUCAAGAAUAGAAAAGAGGAAGAAUUAACAAAAGAGCUCGCAACUACGAUCAGACAUUUGCUAGAGCUCUCUGGCAGGGUUCUCAGCUUAGAGGACUGUUCCCAGAUUGCUCACAGACAAGGAUUCCUUAUUGAUGAAGACCAGAGAGAUUGUAAAGAAGCCAAAGAAAAAGCACAGCUUCUAGUGUCCCAUCUGGGAGAGAUGAACUUAUCUCAGAUGAAGGAAACCUUACUCCCCCUUCAGGGACAACUAUGGCAUUUCUGGUGUAAGAAAGAUAAAGAACUGUAUCAUCUGAGAGAAAAGGGAAAUCGGAGCAUUGAACAAUACAGGAAUGACAUUGAGACAGACAAGCAAAUAAUACGGUAUCAACAGCUGAGUAGAGCCUUUCCUCUCAAUGAUUUAAUGCAAUCUUUCCUUCAGAUUCUCCAUGAAUACUCAGAAACUCACACCAAACUCUAUUUCUUGCAGUGGCUGAGUGUGUUUUUAGAUAAUCUGACUGCAGGACAGUUGGAAAAACUACCUGAGAAGCAAAGAUUAUUUUGGCCACUUGUAAAAACAGAAAAGAAAGAGGUACCCAGGGGCAACUCUCUGAAAUACGGGCAAAAGGAAACAGUAGCCAUCUCCACAGAGAUUAGUGACUGUACCUUGGGAAUUGGACAUCUUCUCCGAGAAGUUGGCCAGAUUUAUGAAGCUCUAGAAGAAGCUUCCUCCACAAAAGACUCAGCUUUUUUCUCCCUUCCCCAAAUUGCUGCAGACCUGAUGAUAUCUGGUAUUCCUAUCGAGCUAAUGGACGGAGAUGCUUUGUAUGUGCCCUUGAAGUGGAUAGCAGCUGUUUUUGACAAGGUCUGUGAGGAACUUGGAGACAAACGGGUGUUUGUGCUCUCUAUUCUUGGCCUGCAAAGCUCGGGGAAGUCCACCCUGCUCAAUGCACUCUUUGGGCUGCAGUUCACUGUUGGUCCAGGUGGAUGUACAAAGGGAGUCUACAUGCAGCUCCUCAAGGUGGAGAAGACAUUCACAGAGGAACUCGGCUUUGACUUUAUGCUAGUUGUGGACACAGAGGGAUUUCGAGCCCCAGAAUUCAGCAACAAAUCCCAGCAUCAGAACAAUGAGUUGGCAACCUUUGUCAUUGGACUUGCAAACUUGACUUUGAUCAAUAUUUGGGAGGAUAAUUCAGCAGACAUGCAGGAUAUCCUACAAGUAGUUGUGCAAGCCUUUCUGAGGAUGAAACAAGUAAAAGUCUUCCCAAGUUGCCUCUUUGUCCACCAGAAUGUGGAAGAAGUUACAGCUAAAGACGAAAUUACAGAAGGACUUAGGUGGCUAGAGCACAGACUAGAUGAAACAGCAGUAAUAGCUGCUGAACAAGAACAAUGCCCAGAUGUAACCUGUUUCAGUGAUGUCAUAAAGUUUGAUGUCAAUAGUCAUGUCUACUACUUUGCUCACCUCUGGGAUGGGAAUCCCCCAAUGGCCUCUCCCAAUCUUCACUAUAGCCAUAAUGUUCAGGAACUGAAAAGCAGAAUUCUUCAGAUUGCUGAGCAGGAAUCCAGGCCAAAUAUUAUGAAAAUAUCAGAUGUAAAAUCCCGAGUUCACGAUUUGUGGAGAGCCCUUAUAAAUGAGAACUUCAUUUUCAGUUUUAGGAACACCCAGGAAGUCCUGGCCAUGACCAAACUGGAAACCAUGUAUAACCACUGGACCUGGGACCUGAGGAGUUACAUGCUGGGCUUGCAGAAUGAGCUGAUUAACCAGAUUCAGAACGGACAAAUUCAGGAACUCAAGACAAGCACACUUGAGGCACCAGUUACAGAAAAAGACAAAGCUAUUAAGCAAGAACUUGAAGAAUAUUUUAAUAAAUACCCAGAUCAUGAAAUACUGCUUCAAUGGAAAGAAAAUUUUGAAAAUAAACUAAGUAACCUUAAAGACAUACUUAUCUCAGACAGCAAAAGAAAAGCCAAUGAACUUAUUAGUUUUAAAAAAAGUCAAGAAAGGCUUGAUAAGAAGAUGGCAGCUUAUGAAAAUCAAUUAUUGGAAAAGAGCCGAAAGUUAGCUUUAACUGUAAAGGGUAGAGAAGUUAGUGAGGAGGAGUUACAUGAGCAGUUUAAUCAGCUUUGGAAAAAAUGGGUUUGUGACAUAGCCUCAGGUCUACCUGAAGUCUCAGAGCCUGACAUAGAUGUGGAUUCUGAAAACAUCCUUUUGAAGUAUUUCCAAAAGCAGAGUAAUAUUGUGGGCAUACUGAAGACAAAUUCUGGGGAAAAGUUUCAAAUCAAUUAUGAUGAACAUGUGAAAAUGAAUAGGAACUAUAGAACAUUAGAGGUCUGUGAUAAAGAGUCUAUUAAUGUGACUACUGAUAACAUUGUUUCAAGAUUUAAUAAAACUAUUAAUAGCAUGUGGAAGCAACAGUAUGAUUACAGUCCAAGUUAUUUUCAUGAAAUCUUGAGAAUAAUAGAUGAGGAAGUGAAAUUUGCACCUACAGAGGGAAGAUACACAUUUACAAGUAAAUACGUCAUUGACUUAUCUUUGUGUUUAUUCCAAAAAGCAUCAGAGAAUUUUAAGGCAAUACACUGGGCAUUUAAGGGAGCAAAUCAUCCUGUACACUAUCUGGAAAGCAAGAAAGCUGAUUUCUUCAUGAGUUUUAAGAUCUCCUGCCAAGGAGCAACCUCACUCAAAGCAUUUGUUGAUUUUCUGUGGCUGAAGCUCACUCCUGCCAUCUCCACCACUGUGUGGGAAAAACUGACCAUGAAAAUUGCUGAAGACAUACGAGUUACUCACUGUGCCGUUAGUGGAAACAGGGCUAACUUUGAGAGGCAUGCUUUUCUCAGUCUCAUGUCAGAAAAUAACAUUCCCUGGACAUUCUCUAGUGAACCAAAACGGUUUUUUAGGAGUUACACUGAAAAGUGGAUGAGUAAUUAUUUUUCAGACAUAGGACAUGAAAAAAUAAAGACUUUUUUAGAAAUAAUUUUGGAGGACUUCAAGAAUAUUAUCCUCUCUUCCAUUUAUGAAUCCACUGCAGUAGCUAAGGAUAAAAGCAGCACUGUGUCUGCAUGGCUGGAUUUGUUCUGUGAUCACUUGGGAAACAACUUGAUCUUUCCACCAAAAAAUCUGGAAAGCAUUGGACACCAAGAGAUAAAAGAUACUGAGUUUCUCAAAGAAGUCAUGAGUACAGCCUUGGCUUCUGCAAUGAAGGAAAUAGAACGAAAUUAUUCAACUAUGCCUGUAGAAAGAAUGGUUCACCAAAUUAGGAAAAUCCUCUAUGAACAUGUCUAUGGCUGAAAGAAACAAUGUCUUCUCUCUGCAGAAAUUUGUACAAACACUUCCUGCACAUGAAGGAUACCACAUUUUCUCUUCCACCAUCUUCAGGCUGCCAGUGGACAGUAUAAGAAUACAAGUCACUUUGUCCUUGAUAGUGGUAGUAGGCCUGUAGUAAGCAAUCAUGUAAUAAUUUUUAGAGACACCUAAAAAUUACACCACAGGGAUAUUUGCCUCAGAUUCAUCCACCCACCCAUAUUGGAAAGGGUUUGUCCCUUACUUCAGAGCAAAGCUAGAAGAAAAAAACAGGGAAACUUAGUAGUUGUGUGUAUAAUACAAAGCAGGUAGUGCUGGAUGAGUUGGAAAAAAUAAUAUUCAUUGACCACAAAAAAGAAAAGGCCAGCAUCUAAGCAAAAGAUGCCCAGUACAUGAACAACCCUGAAGCAGUGGUUCUCAACCUUCCUAAUGCCGUGACCCUUCAAUACAGUUCCUCGUGUUGUGAUGAGCCCCAACCAUAAAAUUAUUUUCGUUGCUAUUUCAUAACUGUAAUUUUGCUACUGCUAUGAAUCGUGUGUGUUCUCCAAUGGUCUUAGGUGACCCCUGUGAAAGGGUCAUUCAACCCCCAAAGAGGUCACAACCCACAGGUUGAGAACUGCUGCCAUAAAGUAAAUCCUCUUUAUAAUUAGAACCUUCAUUAUUUCUAUUUUUAGAAAAAAAUGCAUAAAAAUAAAUCAAUUAACAUUUCCAUCUCAAGACUUGAAGUGUUUCUCUAAAAGGACUUCAUAUCUCCCUAUCUCAAUUCCUUCAAGUUUAUAGACAAAUUACUAAAAUAGGUUAAAUAUAUAACCUAAUCAAAUAAAAAACACAUAAAAAUGCCCACUUUAUUUUUUAAACUAAUUGUCUAGAUAUUCUUAUCUUAAAAUAUAUAAUGUCUCAGAGAAAGUCAUUUUAACAGAGGAAAAUCAAAAUCAUUACAAGCUGCUACACAUUUCUCCAGAAUAACAGUCUUGAUAUUUCAGCCUAUAUAGAGGGUUUGGCUGAAAGCUACAAAUUGACUUUUUAAUUUUUUGAAGAGUCUUACCCCCUUCUGAAGUUUUGGGAAAAUUUAUUAACCCUUAAAUGUAAAAACUUUCACAGAAAGUUCAUGAUUCCUGGCCAGCUUGUGUGGUUCACCCCUGUGAUCCUAGCACUCCUGGAGGCCCAGGUGGUCAGCUCCCUUUGAAGCCAGAAAAGCAGCCUACAAAAUGGAAUCCGAGAAGCUAAACUCAAGCAGGAUAGCUGACCUAGUCUGUUUAGUAUUCCCACAUACCUUCCCUGAUUAUCUAGUUAAGGUUUCAUCAUGAUUAUGAGGAUGUUUAUCACAAAAGACUUUGGGGAAGGUAGUCACACAUAGACAAUAAGUAUUGUUAUACAGCUAAACCAAAAGAUACUUUUGUUUUCCUUGAUGUUUCUCUUAGAUAUUUUGUUAAUGUAAAGGUUACUUUUAUUACUAUAUUGUUAAGGGUGAAGGUUAAUUUUAUGUUGUUUAAACAUGUUACAUUGGUUAGAUGAAGACUACUUUGAUGUUGUUUGUUGUCAGAUAAAGUUAAAAUGUUCUAGAUUUGUUUCCUUGUAUUUCAUUACUAAAUUUAUUAAAAUUCUAACUGAUGCAGAACAUAAUUGAGAGCCUACUCUAGCUAUUUUCCAGAAUUGCCAGACUUCUGAUUAUAAAGCUUGUUGGACUUUAUCUUGUCUCUGCCUUUGGCUGACAGUGAAAGGUGGCCAGAUCCUCUUCGUCUGGUAACACCUUGAGGUCAAGAGUCUGAGACCAAAAAAAAAAAAACCUUGUCUCUACCAGAAAUAGAAAAUUUAGCUAGGCAAAUGGGAUUUGCCUAUAGGUCCAGCUCACUUGAAAAGCUGAGGCAGAAGGUUCCUUGAGCCCACGAGUGAGAGUUUCCAAUGGGCUAUGAUGACACCACUGUACUUUAUCCUGAGCAAGAGAGAGACUUUAUCUUCUAAAAAGAAGAAGAAGGAGGAGGAGGAGGAGAAAGUUUAUGACUCUCAUAGUAAUAUUUAUAUGUAGUCUGUUCUAAGAAAGAAUAAACCAAAGACUAGACCAAAACAGAGACUUUAUCAAUUCAGGAAACAUUAUCAAGAAAAUAUGGGAAAUAGAAAUCAAAUAAGAUUUUUUCAUUUAACUAUCACCUUCUUCUUCCCUGGUAUCUUAUCAUUUCCCUGUGCAUGCUAAGAAAAAAUUGACUGGGAAGCUUAGGUAUUCAAAGCCUAGUGUGAUACACAUAAAAAGAACUGGCUCCUGAAACAAAAUUUAUGAUAGUCUAGUAAAAAGUACUAUUUUAAUAAAAUUCGUGGGCAAGGUCAAAUUUGACUGAGUGAUUAUUGAAUUAAGAAAAAUUUGACCUUAAAAAUAUAUAUAUUAAAAUGUAUAGUUUUGUGCCAGUCACUGGCGCUCCUGACUAUAAUCCUAGCACUUUGGAAGGUGAGGCAAAGGAUCAAUUGAGGCCAGGUGGUCGAACCUGAGCAAGGUAGUUAGACACUAUGUCUGCAAAAAAUAGGAAAAUCAGCCAGACAUGGUGGCAUGCACCUGAAGUCCCAGCUACUGUGGAUGCUGAGCUGGGAGAAUUGCUUGAACUCAGGAGAUUGAAGUUGCAGUGAGCUAGGAUAACACCGUUAUGCUGUACCCCAGGCAACAGAGUGAGACCCUGAGAAUGAGCUCAGGAAAUUUCACCCCAAAAUAUGGUAGGGGCUUUCCCUCUAUUUGCAUAAACCAGACUGACAUGAUCAAAAGAUUGAAGGGGCAACUGUCUUCCCUUCCUCUCCCUAUUAUUUUAAUAUAUUGCAGAAAAGAAGAACAAGAAUACACAUGGACUUGGCCUAAAUUAUUUAAACACAAUAUCUAUCUCUCAGGUAUAACUUACAAAGAGAAGCAUUUCCAAGUCAAUAUGUCUCCCCCAUCCAUUUGUCCUCCCUAACACCAUUUGUCAUUUCUAAAUAGAAAAACCUGUAGUCCACAUUUCCACUCCCCUCCAAAAAGACAGGGAUAAAAAUAUCUAAAGUUAAUUGGAAUAUUGGGUAAUCACUAUAUAAUGCACUGCACAUGCAUGUGGUAUUGGCAAAUAAAUAUUUCUCUCAUUAAUUUGCCUUAACUGUGAGUUGAUUUUUCAGUGAACUUUUAGAAAAAAACUAGUUUCCACUAACCCCUACCGUUUGGAGUAGCCAGCAGGGUCUCAAAGGUGCUUGGCUCUCCUGAAAGCCACAGUGAAGAAAAUUGGAUAUUUAAUCAGCCAGCACCAUGGUAAGAUACCUUACCAGCCAGAUUCCUGGUUUUCUUAUUUCUGUGGAUUCUGCCUGAGCAGGUGAUAAAAGGUCAUUAUCCUUUCCAAUUUAAGAUUAAUGGGAGAAAAGCCUCUACCAAUGUUGCCUGACCUCCAAUGGCAUGAGAGAAAAGUUUCUGUGGGUGACUAGACCUGAGUGACUCUGGUAUUGAUACAAAGGUAGCUCAUUGCAAAUAAAUAUUUGUAUUGUUUGAUUCCUCCUCCUC